CCUAUGUUCACGUUGUAGUGCAUGAAUGCGGUGUUGAUCAAUCGCUUGCCGUGACUGGGAAGAGCUGCUUGUCACGAACAUUCACGCUUUAACAUUCAAAAUUCAGGCAGUCGGAUCCCAGUUCGAAGUGCCUGAUUUAACGUGAUUCCAGCACUUGACUGUAACUUCGAAGUAGCGCAAUUGUUAGAGUGAAUUGGAAGGUGUGUAUGUCCUAGUCGCCAUGAAGGAAGCGCUAAAAUUAUGUUUCUUGUUGCUCGUGGUAUCGGUCGGACUAUCAGAAGGUAAGAAAAUGCAUGUUUUAUAAUCUCCGCAAAUUGACUUAUGUAAAUAUUUUUACGAAAAUAUUUGUUCUAUCUAUAAUUUUAAUGUUAUAUAUAUUAUUAACUGACAAUGAUAUUGACUGGAGUUAUUAUUAGUGGCUCGUAUAUUAUACAUGUACAAAUAACGAAAUAUAGCAGCCAGUCUAGUUAGAAUGAUAUAUUCACUCCAAAGUAUUUUUUCAUAUUAAAACGUGUGAUAUUUUCAGCUUGUGCUUCGGUUCUGUUUAUUCAUCAUUUGUACUUGAUAUUCUUGUGGUUAUCGUCUUACAUUUCGACUGUACGUAUGAUUGUCACAAAUUAUAGGUCAGGAUAAUAUCAACGCAUUGCAUGCGCGCUGAUCAGAAACGUAGAUUUCCGUUAAACAUGCGUGGUCACGAUUUAGCAGUUGCAUGCUGUUGUGAUCAUGCAAGUCACAGUUGUUGAUGUGUAAUAGUCUGGUCUAAUGUGGUCUUGUCUGCAUUCAUCUUGUGUACAGUGUACCAAGUGUGCGAAUAUACCCAAUCAUACAUUUCCAUGCUUUAUAACCCAAUAUGACACCUGAUAUUUAACAUCAAUAUCAAAUAAUUUAAUAUUUAUUCAAAAUACAAGUAAUCAUAAUUGUUCUGUUAGAUCGUAGUCUGUCGUGAAAUUAUUAUAUGUGCGCAGUUUUAUAAGGAAAAAUCGGUGAGGCAAAUGAAAUUGACAAGACUAGCAAUUAUUCGAGUUGCGUGACCCAGGAAAUUUUGUCUUAUGGUGCUGUCGCACAAAGUACCUUUCCGUCUGCUCUAUAAUUAAGAGUAUACACAAUCUGCAGAACUGCUGAAUAGACGCCAGUAAGGAUACGACAAAAUAAUUCUGUUUUACUGCAGGCUAUAUUUUUACCAGAACAGUUCAUCACAGCUUCUACAAUCCUGGGCUAUCGAUAAUAUGGAUAUAAUGCUUCAAGCAUGCAUUACAUCAUCACUAAAAAAAUAUUUUGCAUGUAUUCAUAACCUGUAUUCAUGCUUGUACAAACCUAAUUGGACCGUUUUCAUGUCCUAAACUGUUCAACAAUUUAAAAAACUUUUUGGUCGGGCAGUUUGUGCUUAAAAGUUGGGCAAUUAGAAAUGAUUAUUAUAAAUAUAUAAAUGAUUAUAAACGUUUUCAAAAUGUGUUAAUGUAUGUUUCGAAAUUAUUUCCACCUCCCCCCCUCUCGCCAUCGACAGGAAAUUUAGGGAAUGUUGGCCAAAUUUUCGACCGCCCCCUAAUAUUUUUUUCCCGUGCGCCUUUGCGUGCAACCAUUCUCCAUGGUAUAUAACUGUAUCAUAUUUUAUUAAAUUUGAAAUGAACUUAAUCUUUUCAUGACAGAUGUGUGAAAUUUAAAGAUUAAAGACUAUAUAUUAUAUAUCUAAACUAAAUGCUGGUUUACAGUAUCAAAGUUUCUGUGACCACAGUAAGAAUGUUGCAUAGGUAAGUUCUAAGUUUUGCAGGAUUUGUAAGAAAUGUUCGAGAGAACUGACUCAGUCACACUGAGUCAUUUCUUACAAAUCCUUAGAAACUUUGAUAGUGUAAACCAGCCUUAAAUUUCUCUUUAUUCUGGCAUUUAAAAAACAGAAUUGGUUGAUGCCUGACUUUUUUAAGCCAGUUCAAUAUAAAAUUGGAACAUUAAAACUCUAUUCGAUUGAAUCAGCCCCAUGUAUGUUCAAUAUGGCCAUUGUUUGGGCCGGACAGUUUCUUGUUCCCUGCGGCAAAUCCUAUUAGAUUAAUUGUAAAAUUGAUUGAAUUUGUGUAAUUUGCCAUGUAGCCAUAUUUACCCUCAACCUUUGCGAAACAUGGCUUGGAAAAAAAUAAAUGAAACGAUCGAUUUGUCUGAUUUGCUGCUUACAUGGUCAAGUCUAUACUGAUUCAGUCUUCUGCGUAAGUGGGCGAGCAUCUGCAUAAAUAUCUAGAAAUUCGUUAUGGCAAGAAAAGGUAUCUUUUUUGCGCUUAUCAUGUUAUCCGUUUUUGUUCAAGAUUAUACCGGGGUCUUGCUUACAAAUCGUUUUGGCUAUAAUUGGAAUAGAGUAUCAAAACAAUACUCAGUAGAUAUUAAUAUUACGAAGAAAGCACAACAAUAAAUUUUAAUAGUACGUUUCUGCUCAAAAUAUAUACCAUGAAUAUGCAUUGUAAUCUAAACUAUAUAAUGUGACAUAAAAGUACUUAAUUUAGAAUUCAUGAAUAAUUAAUAAGGUAAAGACUCGAUCAAAUAGCCCUGUUCAGGUUAAAAGGGACCUUUGUAUAUCCAAUUAAUACGUAUACGUCAAAAUAUACUGAAUUGUGUGCAUCAUGAGUAUAAGAACUAUUCACAACAUGAGCGGCCGUGUUGUGUGGUCUUGUAUCAGAUAUGCACACUCCAGCUGGCGUGAGUUGGUAUUAAUAAUAGAACAGUUUAAUAAUAGAAGGUAUAUCCAAUACAACGCGGACGCGAAUGUUGUAAUUGUAAUUGUAAUUGUAGUUGUAAAUGGCUUGUGAAAGCAGUGAAACGUCUUGAUGAGAACAUUCGUAUUCUUCAACAAUUCUAGUAAAAUAAAUUGAUAAAUGAUAUUUGGUCAGCAUGAUUUUGUAUCAGAUGUAUACAAACUCCUUCAUGGUCAUGAUUUCUUUUGUGUUUGGUUCAUGAAUUAUUAACGAGUUUCACAAUGAUAAAUACAAAUCAGCCGGCCGGUCAGAGGUCAGCCGUUCAUACAUAUUUCAACUAAGAUGCAGAAAACAAUUACGUAUAAGCCCUGAAUUAGACUUUCGCAAAGUCAGUUUUCUUUUUUGAGGGUUAGGAGGGAGAAGUCCACUUGUGACAAGCUAUAGUCUAGCCCUGAAUCCGAGACAAUCAGUUAUGGGUCAAUGAAUUUACCUUUAAUUAACCGAUUUCUUUUAACAGCACGUAUAUAAACCCUGGAACCCAAUUUUUCAUGUGCCGAAAUUAAUGCAAAUGAGCUCAAACGUACAUUAUGAUUCGGCCAGGGAUUCGGUACAUAUUUUUAAAACGUGCGGCUAAGAAGGGCUGAAGUGGAAAGGAAACUAAACCAUAAUUUCUUGUUUUAUGUUUUUGAAUUAACACACAGUGUGAGGUAAAUUGUUUUAAUGCUCCUGCAGUGCGAUGAUAGACAACUGAACUGACAACUUCAACUUGUACAAAAACGCAAUACAAUUAUAUAGUUAUUUAGACCUGGCUGACUCGACAGCUCAAAGCGACUAUGAAUGAAUCGGGUGCAUCUUUAUACUAGAUCAUACUUUGGUCAGUGACCGAGUGCCGUUAGCAGAAAUUUUUUGGGGGACACUUUCUUUGGAAGCUUGGUAACCGCGCAUGUUAUGAUGCAAUAUAGGAAGCCUGUACUGCAGGAAAUAGAUCAGGAAUGCUCUGAUGCCACUUAUAUAUUCUAUACAAUAUUCUAUACUUAUUCACAUAACCGCUGCGGUUUUGACGCAUUAUUCAUCGUGUCUUUCCGAAAGCAUUAUACCCAUAAAUAAAAUGUAAUAAAAAGAGAACACAUUACAAUUUUUUUAUAAAAUAGAUCAAAAUAUACCAUAAAUAUCCGAGAUAUUGAAUUUUGUUUUGAAGUAUGCAAUUAGAAAGGUCAUAAGUUGCGUGCGUAUUCGAAAUAUAGACAUAUUAUUUGGCUAUUUGCAGUUCAUUUAACGAUAUAUAAAUGUUCACAUUCAUGAAAUUAUUCAAUUAGGUUGAUUAACUAUGUGCACUACUAAUACUGUGUAAGUGUAUGUCACAGAUAGUCGCGGUUGAAAACGUGAUGUUUAUACUAGCCGACAAAUGUGCAACCACACACUGGAAUGCUUAUAUAUAGGCACACUGAUGUCUCAUCAUGAUUAUCAAAAUUCAAAGAUCAAAAUUUGCCUGCGCGCAAUGCAAAAUGCAAACACGACACGUUUAUAGACUUUGCAUUAUAAACUGUGUAAGCUGAAAGCGAGGCAGAAUUUCAGUUGUAGUAACUUCUAAUAUAGAUUUUACAUUCGUACUUCAGCAUUCGGUUUUAUACUAGCCCGCGUGCAGGCCCAAGGGAACUGAUAGUGGGCCUGCAAGCAAGGCCCGGUAUUUUGUAAAACGCCCCUUUUCAUAACACGCCCCAUUCGCGCGUCAAUUGUCAAAAAAGAACCAAUGACAGCAACCCAAAAAUUAACAAACAAACUCGCAUUAAAAUGUUGCGGGGUUUUCUCUGCUUUAAUAUUCAAAAUAGAAACAAUGUGUAAAUGCCUGUGUUAAAACUCCAAAAAAAGCAAGCAACGCAGUCAGUAAUUGCCAAAUUUACAAGUGCUCAUUUUCAACUAAAAUCGGAACAGGCAAAUUAAGACGAAUUUCAACAGAAAACCAGUCUCAAACUUCAAAUCGUGAGGGAAGUCGUGCGACCACAUCAGCAUUUAUAAUGUUGCUUCGCUGUCGCCAUUGUUAUAAAUAAAUUGUCUCACUUAUCAGAUCGUGUGUGCAAUUCUUGUUGGCGGCGGAAAGUACGAAAUUUAUUUCAGUUAUUUCAUUUGGUGAGAAAUCUACAAAAGAAGACAGCGUUCAGAGUCCAGAUCGUUUUGUUUCAAACGGCAAUUUAAUACCGUCUUCUCUUUUGCUCUCUCAGCGAAGCCUUGUAAAUCGCAAAGUAUUUUGAAUAGGCUUACAUGCAACUGCAGCUCAACAUCAACCAAAAGAUAAUUUUCUUGAGGAACAUAUAACGUAUCAAGUCUGUUUGAAAUUAAUGAAACUCAAGUAAAGGUUACUAUAGUUUUAUACCCCAUUCGUAAUAAAUGUUGCUAUUCCAACACCUCACGACAAGCAAUCCUCAUUGGCAUAACGGCAAAAACAUCUCUUCCUUCAAGUAAACAAUAAACAGUCUGUUCUUGUUCCAUUUGUAAUCGAAAAAGUGAUCAAUUUUCGAAUUUUAAGCUUAUCGAGAGCCUUUGUCUAUGCCUUUGUGAUGAAUCACUGACCUAAUUAUAGAAUCCAACAGCAAACAGCCAAUCAGAAUGCCGCGUUCGUGGGCGAACGCGGAAAGUACAAAAUACCGGGCCUUGCUUGCAGGCCCACUAUCAAGUUCCCUUCAGCCUGCUCCCUUGGGCCUGCACGCGGGCGCCACAGGACGAAAAAAUAGAUUUGCUCCAACUUUGCAACCCCCUGCAAAGGUGCCAUUGCCGUAAUCGCAUCAAAUUUGCUAUUGUGCAAAUUUUGUUCAAAUUUGGAAAGCAAAUUGGUAAAUAAAUUUUUACCCUCAUAUUGGUAAAUACAAUUCUCUUUUUUGAGAGGGAAUGGGUAUAGGAUAAAUUUGGCUCAAAUUACCUUUCAUUUGCACAAGUGAAUUUGUGGGUAUUUUCGUCCAUAAUUUGGUUUCUAAAUUUGCCAAAAUAUUUGCAACCUUGCAAAUUUGAUGCGAUUACGGCAAUGGCACCUUUGCACCGGGUUGCAAAGCCUAGUACAAAUCUGUUCAGGGCAGUUCAGGCUAUUGCCACACACGUUAGUAUUUAUUUCCGGAAAAUUUAAAUAUUUCCCGCAAAAAAGGUUAGUGAUAAUAAUUAUUUAUAUGAGUACCUGAAUAAUCCCAAGUUUACACUAAGUGUCCCAAUAUUAUACAGUAUUUGCCGUACUGAAGCAUGCAAGAUUGGCAGCAAGAAUCAAUUGAGUGCGGAAAAUUUAAAUAAUUCCAAUAUUUUCCCGUCAUUUAUAUGCUAAAUAUUUAAAUACUAGAAAGGUCCCUGAUUACCCUAUAAAAGUCCCAAAUUAUCCUUAAUAGUCCCGCAGAUCCGAAUGUGUACCUCGUGAAGUGAUCCCCCAAAAAUUUCUGCGUGACGUUUUCUGCGUGACUAAAAAUUGUCUAUAGUAAAUAUUCUGUGUAAACAACCCAGGUAUGUUACCAACGUCCUCGGAAAAACCUGAAUUGUCCGUAAUAAAAAUUUAAAGAAAUGUGGUCGCCUACGAAACGGUAUUCGAGCGUAUAUGCGGCUUUAGGUGACUCAAUACGGUUCUUUAGAGAACUAAGUAGUAUAGGUCAUCCAAGACAACUAUCCCGUUUGAGAUUACCACCCUCACCUGCAAAGCCUUCAGUCUUGUAAGUGGCUGGAGGUCAUGGGAUUACCAAGGUAAAGCUCAAGGACGCCAAUUCUGGGGGGAAUUGGAGGGACUUGUCCCCUCACUUUUUGUGCAUUCGUAAUAUAUAAUAAAUUACGUCCGUUGGUAGACUGGCUUUGUCCCCCCCCCCCCUCCCCUCCACACACGUAUUUUAAUUUUUUGAAAUGGAUUUUCGCCCUUGGUAAAGUUUCGCACAGAUGAGUAUGCUUUUCUUGUUCUGCAGUACUAGCUACCAGCCUACCAGUAGCCUCUAAAAAAGGAAAACUGCAGGUUAAGGAAUAAUUCCUAGUCUUUAGGGACUUUUAAAUUUUACUAAAUUACAAAAUGCCCAGGAGUCAGUUUUGCAUACAUGUUUUACAUUGAUGGCCUGUGUAGCUGGCGGCAACGAAAAUUAGUUAGGGAAGCGGCCAUCUUUUUGCCUUUCCUGCACCUCGUCUCCCUAAUUUUUGCUGCUUGUACAUCAAUCCAAAACUCUUAUAACGUCAGCUACGCAGGUUAGAGCGUUAAAUGUUCUUGAACGUCGUGCCCGACAUUUUGUUGAAAGACACUUUGCCGAAAGACACUUUGCCGAAAGACACUUUGCCCAAAGACAUUUUACCGACGGACAUUUUGUCGAACGGACUUUUCGUCGAAUUUUGUAGAACAGUUAUAAGGAUCGGAUGCUUUUUGUAAAAUAUAUACGAUAAUAUAUAUGCUUUUUAUGAAAUAUAUACAUAAUAAACUUUUACCGUCCUUAACGUUCAUGAAUCAUGUUAUUCUCAGCUGUAAAUAUAAAACAAAACAUGUUCACUAUCAAAGUUUCUGUCAUCAAAGUCAACAAUGACUUUUAUCAAAGACUUUAAUCACGGAAACUUCAAUGAAGCGAGCCUUUAAAGUUCAGAAAAAAUCUCUAUUUUCGGCAAAUUGUCCGUUGCAAAAUUUCUUUCCGGCGAAAAGUCCGUUCGUCAAGAUGUCCGUUGGCAAACUGUCCGUUCGGCAAAAUGUCUUCCGGCAAAGUGUCUUUAAGGAAAAUGUCCGGCCACCCUUGAACGUUUUCCCAUUUCCUCAUUCAUGACAUUCUGUGUGUGCCCUGCAGCUGGGAGUACACUUAUAGAGAAAAAUGCAAAAGCCAUGCAGGGUAUCCAAAAAGGGGGAGAUAGAUGAGCAACGCUAGAAAUUGGCAUUACCAAAUCAUUUAAUUUAUCCAAUUUUAAUUCGAAGAAAAAGCCUCAACACUUAACGCGAAAGCAUGAAUUGCACUUUAAUAGUGUUGUGAUAAAUCUUUUAAUUAUGUAUUUGUGGAAUGAAGUCUUUAUACCUUUCUCUGUCGAUACAAAACUGGUAACAUGGUGCCACAGAAUGCAGCAAUAGCGCUGAUCUUUAAUAUCAAUAAAAAUAUGAGUAGGUAAAUGCAUGUCCAUAAAAUAAAAGUUCGAAAUUAACAAAUCAGAACAACUUAAGCACCGCAACAUCACAUUGUGGCUGCGACUGUGUGACUGUACGUACAUGUGACUACGACUGUGGCUGCGACCGUGGCUGCGACUGUAGCUGUGCCUACGACUGUCGCUGCGAUCAUGGCUGUGGCUGUGGCUGCAACCGUGAUCGUGACUACUCACGACCAUGGAUGUGGCUGCGACUGUAGCUGUGCCUGUGACUACGACUGUCGCUGCGACCGUGGCUGCGACUGUGGUCGUGACUGUACGUGACGUACUACGACCAUGGCUGUGGCUGCAACCGUGAUCGUGACUACUCACGAAAAUGGAUGUGGCUGCGACUGUAGCUGUGCCUGUGACUACGAUUGUCGCUGCGACUGUGACUGUGGCUGCGACUGUGGUCGUGACUGUGACUACGCGACUGUCGCUGCGACCGUGGCUCUGUCUGCGACUGUGGUCGUUACUGUACGUGACGUACUACGACCAUGGCUGUGGCUGUGGCUGCGACCAUUGAUUUUGCACAUUUGAUUUUAUGUUCUGGUUGGGUAGUCUGGGUGUCAACCCAGUAAAUUUCGAAAAUUUGGGGUCACAGAAAUUCCAUUUUCUGCACUUCUGGGCAGUUGGGACCAAACGUUGACACCACUUAUCAAUGUGACUGGGGCAAAUCUUGGGGCCAUGUUUAUCCAAAAUAAGUCGCAGGGAAAUUGUCCCAUUUUUUCCAUUUCCGGUAAUCCCUUGAGAGUACGUUAUGUAACGAACGUGUGUGUGUAUAGUAGAAUGCAGGCCAUGCUCACAAUUUCCCUGUGACUUGACUUGUUUUGAAUAACAUGGUUUCGUAUCUGAAAUUUCGUUGCAAGUUUGCAAAACGAAUUCGGCCUCGUGUAACACGCGGUUUAUACCUCCUGAUAUAUUUUUCAUUAAAAACUUUGCAGGUCAGACCCCGAUAAAAUGUAGUCGGAAAACGGACAUUAUAUUCGUUGUUGAUCGCUCUGGAAGUGUGAAAGAGGACGAUUAUAAGCAAAUGCGGAGUUUUCUCACAACAGUCGGCGAGGCACUGCAGGUUGGGGUGCAAAGUGGGGACGGUGACGUCUACGGACACGCUGCUGUUGUAACAUUUAGUGAGGAGGCGGCAAAAGAGAUUAACCUUGAAGAAAGUGAUACACCAGGAGCGUUUGCUGCAGCGGUGAAACGCAUGUCUGGACCGGAAGCCGGAGGGCGCACUAAAACUCAUCUAGCUUUAAAAUUGGCUGAUGAAGAAGUCGCGAUUGAGAGCGCAGGAUAUCGUGAAUCCGAAUCCGAUGUAGCUAAAAUCUUUGUAGUCAUAACCGACGGUGAACAAACACAAGAUUCACGUUCUACGUAUGUUGGUGAAGCAAUCAAACCAUUCUUUGAUCGUGACAUGAUGCAAGUGUUUGCGAUUGGUGUGGGACUCCAAAAAGAUAGUGCUAAACAAGAAAUCCGCGAUAUGGUUGAAGAACCCGGCAACGCAAUGUUUCCAGCGUCUUAUUCAGAUUUAAUUGGUAACGUUAAUAAUUUCAUCCGAAGUUUCUGUCCAGGUAUUUAA